AUGGCUUACCAACAGGCCUUGAGAAAUGAAAAACGUUUCCCAACAAGCUGGACUGAACACGAACUCGCAGGAAAAGACUGGGUAGCUGGUUUUUUGAAGCAACACCAUUCAGUAAGUAUUAGGACUCCAGAAGCAACAAGCAUGGCCAGGGCAACAGCCUUUAACAAAACCAACGUUAAGGUCUUCUACUCCAAGCUUCAAGAUUUGUAUGCAAGGAACAAUCUGACACCUGAUCGCAUAUUCAACUUGGAUGAGACUGGACUGACGACAUCACAAAAGCCUCAAAAGGUUAUUGCAGAAUCUGAAACAAAGCAGGUUGCACAGUUGGUUUCUCACGAAUGUGGUCAAACAGUUACCAUGUGCGGUUUUGUAAAUGCCAUUGGCAAUGCCCUUCCACCUUGCAUGGUGUUUCUACGGAAGAAUUUUAAGAACUACAUGAUUCAUGGAGCACCACCAGGAACGUUGGGUAUUGCUUAUCCCAGUGGAUGGAUGACUGCUGCAACUUUUCUGGAGUGCUUGAAGCAUUUUGAACGCUAUGUUCAUUGCAGCAAAGACAACACAGUACUGCUUCUCUUGGACAACCACGAGUCACAUGUGUCAUUAGAGACAAUAGACUUCUGUCGUGAGAAUGGAAUAGUUUUGCUUAGUUUCCCCCAACACUGCACGCACAAACUCCAGACCUUGGACAAAACCAUGUUUGGGCCUUUCAAGAGGUUGUAUCACAGGGCAGCAAAUAACUGGAUGUACAACAAUCCUGGAAAAAGAAUGAGCAUUUACGAUGUGGCAGGUCUUGUUGGAAAGGCAUAUCCAAAAUCUUUCACAUCUUCCAACAUUGUCUCUGAUUUUCACUGCACUGGAAUCUCACCGUUUGAUUUCAGACGCGGAUUUUUCUCAGUCAUUCGUCAACGAUCGACCUAA